GUGAGGGAAGGCCUCGGAUCGCGCUCGUCGCCAGCGUAUCGUCAUUUAGUCCGCGUUUUCCCGCGUCUCUUUCGCCUCGUCGCAACAUUUCGCCCCGAAAUCGUUCGUUCGAAACGACUUACGCGAGUGAACACGUGCCAGCGGGGAUACCAGGGACUCCGGGCAGGCUGUUCAGUACCCUCUAGGAUCCGGGAACGAUCGUACACGUUUGUGUUUACCAAUAGUGUGCAAAGUGUCAUGGGGAUCUAGGAACGCCAGUGAGGAAUCGAGACGCAUGAGAGUCGAUAGCGGGUCCACGUUAUCAGGUGAGGGGGCCAAGCAAUCGUGAGAUGUCGACGGCCGAUGGUAUGGACAAUCCGGCGUUCACGAGCGAGGAAGACUGCGCUACCGAAGCGAAGGUGGACGAUGGCCAGCAACAAGUGACCUUGGGCCAGGAUCGCAAGCCGGUGUCGGAGGGCACACCGAUGGAAAAUGGCCACCAACGGUCGUUCGUGUCGCAGCACUACGUGGAACCCGGAAGAACCAGUCCGGAUCCGCAUUACAAAACCGAAACAAAAAUCGAUCUACCCGAGAGCAACGACAAGACAGUCGUCGAACCUAAACUGAACGGCGUCCAUGGAAAUGGAAACAACAACGACGCGAGCUUCCUCAACAAUAGCGCGACAAGCAUCCAGAUGAACGACACCGGAAAGAAGGAGCAAAUCGAGGCUGUGAAUCUGGAAUUGGUGUCGAUGAGGCCUUACGCGGGCAACAAUCUGCAAAAGGGCCAGGAGGCCUGCGAGGUCCCAGCGGAUUCGUACGAAGAGUACUUCGUGCCGGUAAACGAGCACCGGAAGUACAUCAGCAGGGGUCCCGAGGCCGAGGUUGAAACAACCGUGGCUGGAGUGCGUUUUGAUUUGGGCCCCGGCGUCGGCCGCGAGGGACUCAGCCUGAGAGACCCCGCCGCCGGACUGGUCGACUAUUCCCACUGGCUGACAGCCCUCAGGGGCGAGAAACUCUAUGUAACGAAGGACAAACGAUCCAGGAGUUCCUACUGGAGAAGGAUGGCUUGUUGGGGAUGCGGUUUAUUGGUUCUAUUGAUCGCUGUCAUCAUUGCCAUCUUGGCUGCGACUGGCGUGAUCUUGACGCAAGAAGCCACGGAACCCUUGGAGAACCUUCAACAGACUAAUUCGCGACAGUUUGGCGACGUUCGAACCGCAGGAAGUCAAGAAUACGUGAAAGAUCCGCCGUCGAGUCCAUCGCCUGAAACCUCAAGCUCCUUGCCAUGGCCAACGACGGACGAAACCAGUUACAUCACCGUCUCGAGCGCGUUAGAUGGAUUAUUGCGGUUGGACGAAUUCCGUUGGAACAAUGAUUUGAGUGAUCCUAAGUCAAGAGUAUAUAGACAGAUUACCUCAGAGAUAGAAGAGUAUCUAAGGGACACGUUGCACUCUACGGAAAACGAAACAACCGUAAAAGUGUACGAUAUAAACAAACGGGGAGAAGUGAUGUUUAGAAUAAGUUAUCCUCCGCGCACCGUACCGGAAGAAACCCAACGUAUCAUCGAAGAAUCCUUGCGGAAAAACGGCAACAUGAUCGGGCAAUAUCACUUGAAUAAACUGCAAGUAACAAAGCUCCUCGACAAAUGCCAGAUUGACAAUCACGGGUGUGCCGAAUAUUGCAAUUACGAUUACACCAACGGCGUGUUCGUCUGCUCUUGCGAUGCCGGGGAAACGUUAGACAGCAGUGGAAAACGUUGCAUCGACAAAAACGAUUUAAGCAACGUCGACAUGGACGAGAAAGAGCCGGAAUCGAUCACCGAAGCAGUGCACGAUUACGUUCAGGGCAGAAGUAGAGGACCAGGUACCCAGUUCGAACCCAGACGUCCUGACAAUUGGGAUCACUCGGACUUCAGUACGGAAUCGACGCAUAUCAAACACGUUCCGUCGCAAAAUAACGAGCAGGAUCGUGCGUUGAAAAACGAAUCCGAUUCUACCCAUUGGAUGCACGAUCACUUGAGUCAUUUCACGGUCGAACCGACAGCUAGACCGGAACCGGAAUCUUCGGCAGAACCACAGCCUGAUGAUGAACCAAAGCUUUCUGCUGAACCAGAGCCUUCUUCUGAACCAGAGCCUGCUGCUGAACCAGAGCCUGCUGCUGAACCAGAGCCUUCUUCUGAACCAGAGCCAGCUGCUGAACCAGAGCCUGCUGCUGAACCAGAGCCUUCUUCUGAACCAGAGCCUUCUUCUAAACCAGAGCCAGCUGCUGAACCAGAGCCUGCUUCUGAGCCAGAGCCUGCUUCUGAGCCAGAGCCUGCUUCUGAGCCAGAGCCUGCUUCUGAACCAGAGCCUUCUUCUGAACCAGAGCCAGCUGCUGAACCAGAGCCUGCUGCUGAACCAGAGCCUUCUUCUAAACCAGAGCCUUCUUCUGAACCAGAGCCAGCUUCUGAACCAGAGCCUGCUUCUGAACCAGAGCCAGCUUCUGAACCAGAACCUCCAACGGAAGUAGAAGAUUCGACAGUACACUCUGUAGAACCAAAACCAUCCGUAGAGUUAGAAAACUCGACAAAUCCAAAAUUCUUUACGACAGAAGCUUCGAUAGAACCGAAGGCAGAACCGAAGGCAGAACCAGAACCAUCCAGUGAGCCAGAAGUCACGGUAAAGCCUUCCUCUGACCUUUCAGCCACUAAUCCACAAUCCGUGGAAACAAACCCCACCGAAUCGGAAGUUUCCGGCGAGUCUGAAUCCACUGCUGAGCCAGAACCCAAGUCACCGACCGUGCCAGAACUCUCUCUUGGAACACAGUCGGCCACAGAACACAAAUUUCUAAGCGAAACGGAAUCGUCCACCUUGCCAGCCAUGGAAGCUGAAUCCUCUACGGACGCGACGUCUCGAGAAGAAGGUUUUGAGGAUUCUACGGAGAUACAACACCCUACAGACUCGAAAUCUUUUACCGAACAAAUGUCUUCCAGCACUCCGGAUACUUCCACCGAACCCACGGCUAUGGGCAACGUGUUCGCAGGCUCGAUUACAGAAAUACCAUCCACCGAAUCUCCGAUGGAAUCCCCGACCACGAACACGAUGCUCGAGGACGAAAACGCGAUUACGUUUAAUUCUAACGACACUACGAACAUGCAAUCGGAAUCCAGCACGCUUCCUGGAUCGUUGAAAGAAACCACGUUGAUAAACAACGACAAGGUUACCGAUAUGAUAAGCGACGAUGAAUCUUUGCCAGUGAUACCUUUGAUGCCCAUCGACGAACCUGGGAUCUCGAAUCGAUCGUUUUCCGACGAUCAUUUCGAAGUAAAUACCACACCAGUGAUCGACACCGAAGAGAAAAUGGUAACGGUGAAUCCUAUGGACCUCGAUAAGCAGAUAACACCGAAGAUUGAACAGACUACCGAAAGUAAUACGUCGUUGGACGAAGUAACCGAAUAUACCGCGAUAAAUGCAAAUAACGAUGAAUCUGGGCGCACGGAUCCUUUAAAAUCGGAAUCCGUAACAUCGUCCAGCACUAAAUCCGCGAUUUCCGAUGUAGAGUCUACUACAAAUUUGAUUAUGGAUGACGAUUCCGAGACGUCGACUCCUCUUCUCGUAGAUAUGGUGUCGGAAAACACGACGGAAUCGAGUUCUAUUUUACUGAACAGCAGUACGGAAAUGUAUAAUGACACGUCUGAGGAGCCCAAGUUAAACGACGCUUCGGAAUCGUCCGAAACCGAAUCUUCCGUGGUCCAAUCCGAACCGAGUUCGCACGAUGCGAACGAAACCAACGUGAUCGAACACAUGCCAACGACCAUCUUCCCUAAGUUACCAAAGAAUUUCGGGCAUAACAUCGAGCCUCUUAAAAACGAUACGGAAGAGGAGCACAUUAUGGUUAUACCGCAAUCGGAACACACGACGAAAUUGCUAGAGCCUCACGCGACCAUUCCUGAACUUAUUCCCGAGCAAAGCAUGCACUCGUCUGAACCUAAAACUACCAGCACAGAAAGCAAGCCUCGAUCCUCCACGGAAAGCAUCGACGCGAAUCUACGCGAUUCGACGGUUCGUUACGACGACAGUGUGGAUCAUUCCACGAACCACCCGUUGCAUCCAGCUGUAUUUCCGGAGAACGCGGUCGAACACGUCACAGAAAAAUCCGACAUAAUUUACGACAAACAGGCUGACGACAUGUCACCUUUCCUGCCGGACGUUCAGAAGGAGAAGGAAAUGAAAAAAGCACCGAGAUUGGACAAAGACGAGCAAGACGUGCCCAAUCCUUUCGACGGUCACGUGGAAGACGUGAUCACGUACAAACCUCUGCUGGAGAACAACGGUCCAUCUUCCACGGAACGAAACGCGAACGAAACUGAAUUCAAGUACACGACGAACAGCGUGCAUACCGAGAUCCAAAACGUCGAUCGUACGGGCGUUAAGAACGAAACCGAUCUGGGAAAAGAAAUCCUGGACGUUGUCGAUCUUAACGAGACCGAGUCUGGAACCGAGAACGGAUUGCACGCUUACGACGAUCGAAACUCGUCCGAAGAAGACGAAGAAGCGUUGAAAGUGGUACCAUUGGAAGCACAAUUCAAGGAUACGGAAACCAUUAAAAAUGACGCGUACAAGCACAAGUCCGAAAUGUCGACGGAAUCUGCGACUAUGAUUCCUAUGGAGGACGUAAAGGAUAAACAGUCGGAAGACUCGACUGUAAGCAACGCGACGAGUACUUCGGAGAAACCGGAAGAGAACGCAGUGGAGGAUCAGUACAAUGACAUAUCCGACGACACGUUGUCGAAAGGAUAUCGACACGACGACGUGGAAAUUCAUGGCAAAGAUAAAGAAUCUGAGAAAUCGCGAAAUAAAGAUCAGAAAGGUGGUCUGAACGAUGCCGAAGUCACGGCGACCACGACCGGAAGCGUUUCGGACAAGCAUACGGAAGAUGCUAAACUGACCACGCAGAUACCGGUAUUGCCGUUGGAGAUACAGCAAGAGAUGUCCACGACGGAGAAGAUCGAAAGCACCACAGUGACCGAAGAGAGUAUUCGAAAAGAGAACGACACGGAACAUCCUGCGGUUCGCACGGACGCGGAAAAGGAGGCUGUCACGACGGUUCAAGUUCCAACCACCCACGUAGCAUCGAUGGAGACCAAAACCACCGCCCAGGUGCCGAUACUACCGGAAGAAUUGCAAACUACGGAGAGCGACUCGCUGGUGACCACCUCGUCCAUGAAACCGGAUAUGCAAUCCGAAAAUAAAGAAUCUCCCAAGUAUGACAAUAAAACCGAGAGUGUGGAGACCAGUGUGACGGAGCGUGUAAAUAUGCACGAUAACAAAACAGACGGUUCGAUGACCAGCGGGAUAGAGCACCCAGGUAACACGGAAACGAACGUUACCUGGCCGCAGAUCGACGUUCCAAUGGCGAACGAAACCAACGCGACGGAAAACGAAACUGUGACGCAGAAUCCGAAACCGGAAACUACCUUGUCCAGCAGCGAAAUUAUCGUUACGACCGUGAGCAGCGUCUCGAAAAUGUCCGAGAGCUCCAGCGCGAUGGAAGACGUGAAACCAGUCACCGAAAUACUCGAAGACGACACGCCCAUGGAGUUCGAUUACAGGACACUGUUCAUCACCACGACUCCGAAGACCGUGCUGCCGGAUCUGGACGUGGGGGAAUUGUCCGAGGAAGAUCUGAAAGUUAUUCCGCUGGAAAAGAGUUUGGAAGUGAAGAAAAAAUCCGUGGACAAGAAGAUAGUCGACAAAUACAAGUACAAGAAAGAGAAGGAACUGAGUCUGGAAGACAGGGAGGAGGCGAGCGGGUCAACGGAAGUUCCAGAGCUAGUUUCUUCGCUCUCGACGGAAGUACCGGUGGUCAGCACCGAAAAGAAUCACGAAGAUCGUAACGCGACUGGUAUCGUAGACUCUACGACUUUAUCCGACGCGAGAGCUAAUCAUUCCGUACCGGAACUGAAGAUCAUCGAAACUACUAACGUAUCCAAUGAAACGGAGACAAAGGACACGGUGAGAUCAAACGGCGCGAAAAAGUACCCGAGUUUCAUUCCCGUUUCGGAAGAGGUGAUCGAACCAGAGCCCGUCACCGAGCCCUUCGUGGUCGUUCGAAAUUAUUACCAUCGUCGACCGAACGUGGCGAACGAAUUCGCGACGAUGAGUCCAUCGGUUGCUGGCGAGUCAGCGAGCGAAGGACGCGCUGCGAUUGACCCGAGGAAAAUUACCGAGCUGGAUAACGCAGGAGCGAAUGAAACAGGUUCGCAGCCAUUGGUGUUGCCUGCGAGCCAAUCAUCCGUUACCUCAUUCGCGCAGGAAGCAAACGUAAAUCUGGUUGCGAAAGAGCAAAGUGCAGCCACGACCGUACCGCCGAUCACGCAAACGAAAUUACCGGAUACGCCGGCCGACACCACCAGCCACAUCGACGUUUCUUUCCUGAAUCUACCUCCGAACGUUGUCUUUUCGAAAUGCACCGCUGGUCAAUUCCAAUGUGCGAACGGAACGUCCAGAGACGGCGCCUAUUGCGUACAGCUGUCCGCGAAAUGCGAUUCCGAAAACGAUUGUUCCGACGCGUCGGACGAACUGAAUUGCGAGAAGGAUGGCUGCCCUGGAAACUUCCAGUGCGCCAGUGGUCAAUGUCUGAAGAGAGACCUGGUCUGCAAUAAGAUCGUGGACUGCGACGACGGAAGCGACGAGAAAAACUGCAGCGAAUGGAGAUGCCAGUUUGAUGAAUUCAGAUGCCCCAGUGGAAGAUGUAUUCCGGGCAUCUGGCAAUGCAAUGGACGGCCCGAUUGCGAAGACCAUCGGGACGAGUACAACUGUGCCGAAAGUUGCGGAAACGACGAGUAUCUUUGCCCGACAGAGAAAUGGUGCAUACCACUGACGUGGCAUUGCAACGGUAUUAACGAGUGCGCGAACGGGGAAGACGAGAAACUCUGCGACUGCGCCCUGGAUCAAUUCAAAUGCCAAACAGGCGGGUGCGUUCCGAAGAAUCAAAUUUGCGACGGAAUCGAGCACUGUCCGGAUCAUUCCGACGAAUGGGGUUGCUUAAUGGUGCAGAAGGAAAGCGACGUUGAAAAUAACGGAGUACAAGAGUUAACCGAAAGGACUUCUUUGUUAAAAAUUAGGCAAAUGGACGGUGAUUAUCGUCUGGUUUGUUCCGAUACGUGGGGAGAGGAAUUCAGUGACUCUUACUGCCAAUCUCUCGGAUACUCUGGUUCCGAGGCGACAGAGUUGCUGCUGGCGUGGGACAAAAAUCAGAAAGUUUUGAAAUUGAAGGUAAACUCGAGCCCCCGUAUGCCGUUAGUCGCGAAUCUAGAACCGGUGGAAUUCUGCGAGACGGAGAAGGUCGUUCAAGUCUCUUGUCAAGAAUUCUCUUGCGGUUCGCACUACGGAGAAGGACCGACCGCAAGAUUGGUCGGUGGAACUCCGGCCAGCGAAGGACAAUGGUCCAGCGUGGCUUUGCUGAAGGAACCGAAACACGGUGCUGCUUGCACAGCGAGUGUCCUUGGACCCAUGCACGUGCUCGCAAGUUAUUCCUGUAUUCACAGAUUCAAACAAAGCAACGGAUGGCAACUGUUCACCGGUGAAAAUCUAUUGAAGGCUCAUCCCGUUCGGAAUAUCAUCCCAUAUCCUCAAGUAAAAUACAACCAAUUCCUGUACAACGACGAUAUCGCGUUGGUCGAACUCGAGAAACCUUUGACCUUCUCGAGAAACGUUAGCGCCGUUUGUUUACCGAAACACCCGAUUCAGCCGAGACAAAUAUGCGUAACGGCAGGAUGGGGAUUCCCAGUAAAUGGAGAGGUGGACUUACAGAAAUAUCUAAAGUUCUUGCCAGUGCCAACGUACGAUUCUGAAAACUGUACGAGUCAUUACGCUGGAUUUAUCACUAAAGACAAUAUAUGCGCUGGCUUCACCGAUACGGACAAAGGACCUUGCUACAAUGACGAAGGAGCGCCUCUAAUGUGCGGUAGUGAAUCUGGAGGAGGAUCGGCCAGAUGGGAAAUUCAAGGUCUACUUAGUCAUCACAGUAGAUGCUCGAGGGGUCAUCCAGCAAUUUACUCUAGCGUGGAACCAGCACUGUCUUGGUUACGACAGUCGGUUCCCGCUCUGCAAACGCAAAGCUAAAAUGCUCCAACAUGGUCUUACCCUUUUAAUGAAAAUAUACAAGUAUUGGGACGAACCUUACCCACAUUGACUACGACAUAUUGAAAUUAAUGUUAGAAUUAUUCCAUGGGAGGGAACCAACAGGUUGAAUUUCUAAGUUCCUUUCAAAAUUCGCUAACCGAAUCGGAAAAAUAGAUGUACUUAAUUUGUUAUUUCCUCAUUAUAUAUCUGUCCGUAUUUAAAAUAACAUGUUCCUAUUUAAAUGCAAAGAAUGCAUUUUACGGAUAGCGUCAAAUGGCCAUAAUUCGA